AUGAACUGUGAUGAAGCAUAUCUAAUCAAUAUUCCACAGUGGGGAGAGGCCGCUGAAGGACUUGAAUUCGAAGGUAGCAGUGAUGAGGAAUAUGAAGAUACUGGAUAUGGCUGCUAUCAAAGCCAUUUAGGACAUGACCACUGUUGGUGGAAUACCAAUGAAGAUAUGGACUUCUAUACAAAUUUUAGCCCAGGAGACUGGGAAAAAUAUCAAUCACCCGACAGCCAUAAUGAUUGGGAAAGCU